AUGUUUGAAUUGAAAUCUCUUGUAAGACCAAAUAUCUUAACUCUUGAGCCUUAUAGAUGUGCCAGAGACGACUUUAAAACGGGCAUUUUGCUCGAUGCAAAUGAAAAUACUCAUGGUCCGGCUUUGAAAGAUGUUUCCAAUGAAGAAGAAACCUUAGAAUUAAACAGAUACCCAGAUCCACAUCAGAUUGAUUUGAAGGAACAAAUUAUUGCUUUUCGUAAUGAAAAACCAAACAAAUUCUUGAAGGAUUAUAACCAGGAUAAAUUGACACCUGAGAAUUUGUGCCUAGGUGUUGGAUCAGAUGAAAGCAUUGAUUUAUUAUUACGUUGCGUUUGCGUUCCAGGUAAGGAUAAGUUAUUGAUCUGCCCUCCAACGUAUGGAAUGUACUCAAUUUGUGCUACAGUUAAUGAUGUGGCAUUGACAAAAGUUCCAUUGGAAUAUCCAAGCUUCCAGGUAGAUAUUGAUGGUAUUCUCAACAAGGUGACUAAGGAUAGCUCAAUUAAGUUAGCAUACUUAACUUCGCCUGGUAAUCCAACUGGUAAGUUAUUGAAGGUAUCGGAUAUAGUUCAAUUGGUAGAAUCUGCUGCUUCAAAGUGGAAUGGUUUGAUUGUUGUAGAUGAGGCAUAUAUUGAUUUCACUACAUCUGAAGCAGAUACCGCUAGUGAAUCCAUGACUACGUUGGUCAACCAAUAUCCAAACUUGGUAGUUUUACAAACAUUAUCCAAAUCAUUUGGCUUAGCGGGUAUUAGAUUGGGUAUAACCUUUGCAAAUCCAGAAUUGUCUAAGUACUUGAACGCUAUGAAGUAUCCUUACAACAUUUCUUCGUUAACCGCAAACAUUGCAUUAAGAGCUACUUCGAUUGACAGCGGAUUGAAGAUCAUGUCUAAAUAUGUAUUGUCUAUAAUCACUCAGAGAAAUCUUUUGAUGGAUGGGUUACAGAAAAUAGAUGGUGUAGGCAGAAGCAUUGGUGGAUUAGACUCAAACUUCGUUUUAGUUGAAAUAUUAGACAAAAAUAAGGAACCCUCGAAUGAAACUGCGAAAGCCUUAUAUAAUAAGCUAGCAGUAUCCAACGAGGUUGUUGUCAGAUUUAGAGGUAACGAAUUGAACUGUACUGGGGCUUUAAGAAUCUCCGUGGGUACCGCAGACGAAAAUAAAAUUUUGCUUGAAAAAUUACAGAAAUGUUUACAAGAAGUCUAUAACGAGUCAUCGUAG